GCGGAAGUGAAGCAACAAAACACUAUGCAUUUGCAGCCCCCAGACUCGAGAAGAUGUCUCAUGUCGUUAAGAAAAGAAAAUUGGACAAAACCCGGCAGGAGAGACUGUACUUUGACAGCUAUACCGAUGUGACCAUCCAUGAGGAAAUGAUAGCGGACCACGUGCGGACCAACACGUACCGGAUGGCCAUACUGAGGAACAGUGAGUCCAUACGAGGAAAAGUGGUUCUGGACGUCGGCGCAGGAACCGGCGUGUUGAGCAUUUUCUGUGUCCAAGCCGGUGCUAAGAAAGUCUACGCCGUAGAAGCGUGUUCUAUCGCCGAGCAAGCGGUGAAAAUAGUGAAGCAGAACAAUAUGGAGGACAGAAUUGAAGUCAUACGAGGCACGGUGGAGACGGUGGACCUACCGGAGAUGGUGGAGGUGAUAGUGAGCGAGUGGAUGGGCUAUGCCCUUCUGCACGAGUCCAUGCUCAACUCGGUCCUCUACGCGCGCGACAAGUGGCUGAAGCCGGGCGGCGUCAUCCUGCCCAGCAAAGCCGAGCUCUACAUUGCGCCCAUCAGCGACCCGGUGGUGGAGGACCGCUUACACUUCUGGUACACCGUCAAAGACCAGUACGGCGUGGACAUGUCCUGCAUGUCCGAAUUUGCCGGCCGGUGCAUCAUGAACUCCGACAUCACCGUGAACUCGGUGACCGUCGAGGACGUGCUCUCCCACCCGGCCCGCUUCGCGGAGCUUGACCUGCACUCGGUCACCACGGAGCAGCUGCGGUCGGUGAAGGGCGAAUUCCGGUGCGAGUCGUUCGGCUCGGCGGCGGUGAACGCGUUCUGCGUCUACUUCACGGUGACUUUCCCAUGCCCGGACAAGCCGCAGCCGCUCGUGCUCUCCACGUCGCCGUUCAAGCCGGAGACUCACUGGAAGCAGGCGGUGCUGUACCUCGACGCUCCGGUGGACGUGGUGCAGGACACGGUGGUCACCGGAGAGAUCAGCAUGUUCCCCUCGGAGGAAAGCGCCCGACACAUAUGCAUCCACGUGGACUACACGAUAGGAGAGCACAAAAGACAGUCCAAGACCUUUUCCAUCCCCGACUGGAGCAGUGAAGCCCAGUCCUAGUGUGGCAUCAACAUGCAGUGUCAGAGUGUAAUCACCAGGCAGCACACUCAAAGGCCUUGUCUCAUUAUCCGUCACAGAGAUGCUCACUGUGGUUUGGAGGGAGCAGAGCGAUGACUGUUCUGACCUAAACAUCUAUGAGGUCUCAUUCGGCCAAAUGCAUGAAGGGCCCUCAGCUGACACCUCUGCAUACACACGCUUGUGAAGGUUUAUGCUUGUUUUUACAUAAUAAAUCAUUUGAGAGAGCAUUUGAAACAAUAUUUGGCCAUCACAAUAGGCAUAAAGUCUCCUCCGGACUAAUGAACAGUUUUAGGUGUGUGUGUUUGCUGCUGUGUAAAGCCGAGUGCAGGCAGGUUUCAUCUGAGGUUUUACAAGUUGUUGAAUAAAUUCAAUGCCAUGCUGCAGAUGUCUGAUAUUCUAAUCCAUUUAAUCAUGCAUAUUGUGCGGAAUCUGAUGUAAAUGUUGCAUUCAAAUGAGGAUCAGAGCGAUAUAUUGACUUGGACUGGCUGCAGUCAGGCAGGAGGUGUUUUUACAUUGGCUGGUUUUCACUUUUUCAUAACAGAACUAAAUUGGCUCAUUAUUUCUGGUUAGGACACACACUCACCGAUUGCCAGAAACAACUGACUUUAUCCAAAGUUGUAAUUGUGAUGCAGCAUUCUGCUAAAUAGCAAAGACUAUAAUAUACAAAGUAUUUCCUUCCUGAGCAUCUCUUGCUGUCUCCAACGGACUGAGUUGUGAAAAUAUAAAAGUUUUUAAUAUCAGCUACAAUCAUUUACCCUUGAUUGUUGCUGAUGUUAAAAACUUUCAUAUUUUAAUAAAAGAUAAUAGUUUGAUGGCCUAUUUUACAGAUUUGUCGCUCAUCAUUCAUUGAACACCAGUGGCGGGUCGUGCAUUUUAUACCUGGGCCUUCACUGCUGUCCUGAACAAUAUGUGCUUUCAUGUCAGAGUCAAAACAC